UAUCUAUCUCACUUUUGCAGUCUCAGCUGCAGCAACAACAAAGAGGAGGGAACAGGGAAGGGUGGCGCUAUCAACAACACUUGGAAGACCGCGCGCUGCCUAACCAACCAUUAGUGUGCAGGUUCACCACGUGAGAAGGAGGCCUGACUGUUGCUGGUGUUCUGCCAGAGAAGAGUCUGGGAGCAAAGGAAAUUUAGAGCUGGCCGGAGGAAGGCUUUUGGUGAAGAGUUCUGGGAAGUCUUGCAAUGUAUUAGAAUUUUCAAAGAAAUUUGUGAAGAUUUUUCAUACAAAGGAACAGUUUACUAUUCUAAGAGAGCCAUCAUUUGCAAAAUAGACUAUGAGAUUACUAAGGUCUGUCGCUAAUGAUGAUCGCCAUGUUAUGGCAAAACAUGCCAGUAUCUAUCCAUCCUCUGAGGACCUGGAAGCUGUCCAGACCAUGGUUUCCACUGUUGAGUGUGCACUAAAACAAGUUUCAGAUUGGUUGGAUGGUGUAAAGAAAGCUGUGAAGUCAAGCUCAGAAGCAACUGAAGAAUCUGAGACCAAUAAGAAGGAUCAGUCUGGGAGAGUCCUGAGUGGUGUUGUAAGAAUUGGUUUGGUUGCAAAGGGUUUGCUUAUAAAGUCUGAUAUGGAUUUGGAGUUGGUCUUGAUGUGCAAGGAGAAACCCACAGAGACCUUGUUGCGUACUGUCAAAGGCAGCCUUCCUAUACAAAUAAAGAAACUUACAGAAGAACCUUAUGAAGUUGUUCAGUGUGUAGAAGAAUGUGCUGCUGCUGUUCGUACUACUAAAGAACCAUUUUUGACACUGAAAGUGAUUCUUACUUCUCCGUUAAUGAGAGAGGAUCCAGAGAAGAAGGAGGAAGUAGAAAAUGUUGAGAUGAAUGAUCCUCCGGACAUAUUGGACAGGCAGAUUUGCCUGAACGCCUUGGUGUCUCUUCGACAUGCCAAAUGGUUUCAGGCGAGGGCAAAUGGAUUAAAGUCCUGUGUAAUUAUUCUGCGUAUUCUCCGGGAUCUGUGCAACAGAGAUUCUGCAUGGCAGCCAUUAAAAGGAUGGCCCCUGGAGCUUCUCUGUGAGAAGGCCCUUGGUACAUGUAAUAGGCCGCUGGGAGCAGGUGAAGCACUGAGACGUGUGUUUGAGUGCAUUGCAUCUGGAAUUCUACUCCCUGGAGGACCGGGACUGCAGGACCCAUGUGAAAAAGAACCAACAGAUGUGCUUGCUUUCCUGACGGACCAAGAAAGAGAGGACGUUACAUUCAGUGCCCAGCAUGCACUAAGGCUGUUGGCCUUUGGACAGAUUUCCAAAGUUCUAGAUAUGGAGCCACUUCCUUACAGUAAGCCAGCUACAUCCAGCACUGAGAAAGAAGGAGUAUCAACAUCUUCGUCACCUGUGAAAAGGCCGUGUGAUAAUGAUUCCGAAGAUGAAUCUAGCAAAAAACUGAAACCAGACUGGAAAAAAAUGAUUGACAGCAAGUAUUUACAGAAGUCACAACCAGCAAAUGCUCUCAUGAGACUUAAUCAGCUCAAAUAUGGACUUCAGUACAAACUCAUUUCUCAGUCUGGUCCAGUUCACGCACCAGUUUUUGAAAUGUCUGUUGAUGUGGAUGGUACAACAUAUAAAGCCUCAGGACCUUCAAAGAAGAUAGCCAAAUUUCAUUUAGCCGUAAAGGUUUUAAAAGCUCUUGGCUGUGCAACUGAAGAAGACAAUGAAUAUUUGGAAGCAGAAGAAAAGACACAAAACAAGAGCAAGGUUGAUUCAAAAUCCAGUAAUUUGACGGUGUCUACAUCUGGCAAUAUCACUACAGUUGAGGUGAAAACUCAGGGCCCUAUCCUUACAAAUGGAGGCAAGAACCCAGUUAUGGAGCUGAAUGAAAAGAUAAGAGGGCUUCGGUAUGAUCUGGUAACUGAAACUGGAACAAGCAAUGAUAAACGUUUUGUAAUGGAGGUUGAAGUUGAUGGACACAAAUUCAGAGGAAAAGGUCCUAACAAGAAAGUAGCAAAGGCAAGUGCAGCAUUAGCAGCUCUUGAUAAAUUGUUCCCACAAAACAAAGAAAGCAACAGGAAGAAGAAAACAGUACCUCAGGGGAUUUGUCCGGAAAGAAGCAGCAAUAGAGGCAAUACGCCUCCACAAGGUACUGUUCAUUCUGGUAUUUUUAAUUCAGUCAACACCAAGGACUGGUUGAGGUCCAAACCGAAAGCUAAUUUCAAUUUUAGCUCCCAGGACAUACGAAAUGAACAACGGAACUUUAAAGAUGGCACAUAUAAAAACAAAUUGGAACAUUUAAACAAUUUAAUGUUCAAAUUUAGAUCACUGGAAAUUGAAAAUGAAUAUUUAAGUGAAUGUAUUUCCAGGAAUGUUGUGCCUAAGGGCUUACGUGUAUUUAAAUUUCCAAAUGUCUCUUAUGGUACUGAGUAUUAUAAGGAAUUAUGUGAAGUUUUCAACAAAUGUGGUUUGGAAGUGUUAAAAUUAAUCAUUAAGGAAAAUGGUAGAGUUCAAGAUGCUCUACAUAAAGAUAUAGAAACUUUAGACCAGUACAUACAUAAUGAUUUACUUUUUGGAAUUCAGGAAGAAAAAAGAAAAUAUUAUGAUAUAAGAAUUGAUAUUGACCAGAAAUGUAAUGAUAUUAUAAACAGAAAAAUAAAAAAACUGCAGAGGGACAUGAAAGAAUAUGAAAACUUGACAUGUUAUCCUAAACCCCGAGGUUUUAAUUAUCAAAACAGUUACUAUAAACUUUAUCAGGAAAGGACAGUCAGUGUUGAUUUAGACACGAACCAGGAAUUACCUGGUAACAGGGAUGGGAAUUAUUCCGAGUAUGAUAGAGAUUAUGAUUCAGCAUUCCCCCCACUAAGGAGGUCCGAAAGGCUAUUGAACAGACAGGGACCACAUAAAGUUAUAAUAGAGAAAGAACAUUUUACCUUACUUUCUAAGGGCUUGAAGUUCAUUCCUUCCUGUAAAGGUGAUAUUGCUACAAGCAUUCUAGACAUAAAAUUGUUUUUGAGAAAAGUGAAUCUCAACAUUCUCCUUCCUAGGCUACAUAAUGAACCAAGUGAUGGCCUUAAAAGAAAAAGUACCUACAAUCCCCCGCUCCACCCACAGCUUAAAAACCUGGAAAGGGUUUUGGAGGGGGCAAUUAGGAAGGACAGUAUUAGGUGUAAUAAUGAAGAGAAUAUCACUAACAAAGAGAAAGAGUUGCUAUAUGACAUGAAAUACAACACUGACAUAAGGGUUAUGAAGCCAGAUAAAGGCGGAGGCAUCAUUAUAAUGGAUAAUAUUUUGUACGAUAGCAAGAUGUAUUCACUACUAUGGGACGAAGAUAGAUAUGUUACUGCCUCCAUUAAUGAGAUCAAUAUUUCUUAUAACAAGAUUGACUUGGAUCUUUACAAUAUGUUACAAGAGGAGCUGAUAGAUCAUAAAAGUUAUAAAUUUUUGAAAGUAGACAAGCCUAGAAUCCCCACUAUUUUUGGAAUCCCAAAAAUUCACAAAAAUAAAGAGGACCCACCACUUCGUCCUAUAGUAUCAGCGGAAGGAUCCAAGACCCAAACGUUGGCAAAAUAUGUUGAUUCCAAACUAAAACCCAUAUGGAUGAAUAAAAUAUGUAUUUUAAAGGAUUCGUGGGAUUUGUUGAAAUGUUUCAAUGAAUGUCAAUGGCAAGAUAAUAUCAUAUUCAUUACAAUUGAUGUGGUGGAUCUGUUCUCCUCUAUUCCUUAUUUGGAAGGUAAAGAAAUGCUGGAGGAGAUAGUAUUUGAAUAUGACAAAAUGACACACAAUGACAAGAUAGCUAGCCUAUGGCUCACUGAUCUUAUCUUGAAGUAUAACUAUAUUUUUUUCAAAGGUUGUUUUCUUACAGGUUAUGGAUCACCAUAUGGAUACAGUCCUGCACCACCAGCUCCAGUUCCCCCAGUGUAUGGUGGUUUUUUCAUUCACAACCCCUAUUACCAGCCUCGGAGCAUCGCACCUUUAAUAAUUCACUUGGGUCCUCAAGAUUUCUUCUCUAACUUCUAGAACCAUCAGGUUGUGUGGCUCAAAACACACUUAUCGUCUUAAUGUACAGUAUGGACAGACUUGAAUUGCUUAUGGUUAUUCAGCUUUGAUACACAGGACUAUUGUAUUUUUAGCAGGCACUUAAAAUCUUAUACCCUAUGUGAAAUGGAGCAAUAUUUAGGUACAGUUUUCAUACAUCCUGUUUAUUAAAUUUAGUAGUUCUGACUUUGCAUAAGUGUAAAAAUACAUUACUGCAUUGUGCAAUAAUCUGUCUUAACUUUUGUUAAUUUUUACUGAAAGACUUGUGGCAGUUAACCACCUUGUGCUUGAAAGAACCUUGGUAUACUUUUAAACUAGGUAAAUUUAUGAAAUGCAUGCUAUGUCUUAAAAGUUUUGUUUGUAACAAUCUUGAGAGUUUUCACUUCUGCACAGUCUCACUCAAAGCCAUAUUGGCCUUUUGGAUGUAAACCUUAAGGCAAGUGUGCAAUAUUGCUGGUUUUACCUCAGUUAAAGCAGCUGUUUUACAGCUGAGCUGCAGAAUAUUGCAGUCCAGUGCAUUACAUAAAAGGAUUUUUCUUUCCUAA